AUAGUUCUUGUGCGUGAUGUGUGCGUGAGGUAGCAAUGUUAAAGUCGCUUGUUUCGCCGCACUACCCAGCCGUAGAACCCCGUCAUCAACUGGUCCCGAGUCCGAGCCAUUCCGCGGGCGUCGCCAGUCCCGUCUCCAUGGCCGACACGUGGGGCAUGAACGAGCUGGGCGUCUGGUUCGACGAGACCGAGAACGGCAUCACCGGCGCGUUGCCGGUCCCUUGCCGCAUCAAGCAAGAGCCACAGUCGGCUCCUUCGUCGCCCCAGUCGUGCAUGAUGAACAACGGCGGGGGCGGCAACGCCAUGCUGGACUAUCCCGCGCUCCUCGAGGAACUCGUGAAUGUGACAAAGAACUGCGUCGCGUCUCACCCGCGCUCAGCGCCCACGGCGAUUGCCUCUGCACAGCCACCGGCUGCUACAGGGAACGCCGCUGCCGUCGCGCUGGUGGCUCAGCCGGGCAGCCCCAGCAUGUACGACGAACCGUGCGCCGGAUUAGUGCGCUGCCACGGCACCACUGCCAUGACGUACGCGCCCGCCAAGGCGUGCCGUCCUCCGCCACCUUCGUACGACCAGCGGCUCGCCAUCAAGACCGAGGACUGUGCCGAAAGUGACGCGGCUGCGGAUUGUUGCACAUCACUAUCCGCAGACAAGCUCGACCAGCUUCGACUGCUCGCCAUGCAGCAGGCAGCCAAGGACAUCGACGUUGCCUGCCAGAUCCUCAACAUCUCGCCGAAUCCCUAUCAGUGGAGCGUGGCAAAUGUCCACUCGUGGCUGGUGUGGACUCAGCAGCAGUACGGUUGCCCGUCGUUCAGGACCGACUACUUCAACAUGAACGGCCCCACACUGUGCUCCCUGAGUGAGGAAGACUUCAGAAUACGUGCUCCAGGAUCGGGAGACAUCUUCAGCGCGCAGCUGGAAAUAUGGAAGUCCGCCGCGCAUCUGCGGACGUCAGAACAAAAUCAUCAGCAGCCAGGCCAGCGGUCGGGGGCGACGCAGUUUUGCCCCGAAGACAGCGUGCUCGACCUCGCGAGCCUUCUGGGCCAGACCAUCUCGGGCAGUGGGGCGCCGGACGCCUCGCCGCCACGCACCUCGCCCCUCAGCCAUCACAGCGACAGCCAUAGCGAAGCCACCCACAGCGACGACGACGCCAGCGACACGAGCAGCGACAUUGCCGAGCGCUGCCUCGGCACCGGCGUCGCUCUGACGACGGGCGCCGUGGCGGCCGCAGGCCGAGCCCCUUCUUCGUCACACAUCCACCUGUGGCAGUUCCUCAAGGAGCUCCUGUCGCAGCCGCAGCUGUACGGCAGCUGCAUCCGCUGGCUGGACCGCAACCGGGGCGUCUUCAAGAUCGAGGACUCGGUGCGCGUGGCCCGGCUCUGGGGCAAGCGCAAGAACCGGCCCGCCAUGAACUACGACAAGCUGAGUCGCUCCAUCCGCCAGUACUACAAGAAGGGCAUCAUGAAGAAGACGGAGCGCUCGCAGCGGCUCGUGUACCAGUUCUGCGCGCCCUACAGCUGUUGAUGAUCCCGGUUCCCUGUAAGGGCGGCCCGAACCGACGAGGCUUUCUCAGCUGGUUCUGGGCCUCGAUCGGUGCUUCGUGGCCGCCUGGGUUCCCCCCUCGUGAAAAAAAAAACAACAACAACAAAGAAGCGCAAGCAGUGUGCGUUGUUGUACGUGUUCGUCCCAUAUUCCUCCCCAAUACUGUACCGCUCUCUCGCAUUCUUUCUCUUUGCUGCUAUCGCGCCCCUCCUGUUGUUUGGGUUUCAGUUAUGCCUUUCAUAUAAUGCUCGCUGCCGCGUGCAUUACUCAUCAGCGGUGUGCAUUCGAUGUGCAAGCCGUGGAGGGCACUCGUCGCAGUCUACAUAGCGGCCGUAUGAAUGCGCAUUUUAGUGAUUCGAAGAUUUAAUGCUGGCAAAAAAAGAAAGUAAACGAUCAGAAGAAGACGAAGAGCCUAAAACGUAGAGACUAAAGAAACGUGUACCGCAAGCAUUCUAAAACGAGCGAACUGGGCCUUUAAAAUUGCGAAGUCUCCCAGCCCAACGGCUUAAUUGUGAGGACGUGAAGCCGACUUCUUUUACCAAGAAUGCCGUCUUAAUCGCUCCUGUUCGAAUUACCCAACUUCGGUUUAAGCUAUGGCACCCAAAUGAAGCCCAACAUGUAAGCGCAGGCUGUUAACUAAAAAAAGGAUGCCAAAAAGAAAACUAGAAAAAGAAAUACUACUGUGACGAGUGCUCCGCGGUGUUUCUUUCGUUUCUACAUACAAGCAGGAGCGCAACCCUGUACUUUAGCAGUUUUAUCUUUUCUCACUUUCUUGUAAACUGUGACUCUUUCGCAAAAUCUCCCUGUCCCCUUUUCUUCCCGCAGUUUUUCAGCUUUGCUGCUGCUGCUGCUGCUGCUGCUGCUGCUGCUGCUGCUUUCCUUCCCUACUGACCCCCGCGGCUUUCCCGGCUGGUCCGGGAUUGGGCGGGGACGCUUUCCCUCUCUCAGAGCGUGCAUGCUGAGGUCUUCCUGCGCCGGCGAUCUGCCCGCGACGCUUUUAUUUCUCCUGUCAGCCGCUUCUGUUUUACUGAAAUAGUGUAUCCUCUGUUUGCAGUCGUUUAUUAUUACUUUUGUUUUCGUUCCCGCUAUUAUUUAUUUGUUCGCGCCACGAACUGUUCUUGUUGGUGUGGACACACACUUAUACGUGGAUCUCGUGUUCUUGUGACACACACGCAGUGGUGAUGCUAGAGGAUGGUGAUCUGAAACAAACGGAAAUCUGAACCGGACUUUUAAGUGUGCUCCUCUGUUCGCUUUUUUUUUUUUUAGUUCAGUGAGUCACACCAACGGUUUCUUUCCUUUGUCUGACACGUUAAAAUGUCCCAUCUUGCUCACGAAAGUAGAGAUCGUGGGAAAGAAAUGAACAAGCCAAGGCUGUUCUCGUUCGUUAUCAGUUACCUUUCUUUUUUUAAGUCUUGUGUUGACAUAUUUGUCCUUCUUCCGAACAUCUAUUUAUUUAUUUCCCCACCAUCAGUCGGUUCGACCUCGCAUCGGUGUCAAAAAAAAAAUCCGCCGCGCGACUCAUCGCCUCCACAACCCGCUUUUCCUGUGCCACAGCUUUUCUUUUAUUAUUUUUUUAUGUUGCAACAAAAUAUAAUACGAAAAUGAGGAAAUAUUACCGCGGUGUCGCGUUCUUGCCACCGACACCCGUCUCGCCUGCCUCACAUCCGACGCAAGGAGACCUCACCAUGAACGGCGUCCCUUUUUUUUUGUCUGUUUUGUUUAUAUGUGUGUUAGCUUCCCAUUGCACCAUACUUCAUGUUAAACGAGUCUUUCACCGACGCGGCGAGCGGACCGGAGUAACGUUGGGGUGACACGGAGGGUUCGUCGCGGACCCGUGGCAGGAGUUACCUGCGGUAAAUCACGCGGUCACCUUCGACCUCCAACCCCGAGUUCCCUCGGUCCUCCGAUAGGGAGACGCUCGAUCCCAGUGGCCUGCGAUCGCGCCCUAUGUGGGGAUGCGGAUCGCCGUGAGAUGGCGCUAGGUGACUCGAGCUCCCCUCCCUCCUCCUCGGCGUUGAGGCGAAAGUGAAUCCCCGCAUAUCCGUGAUAUGUCGGGUAGUAUGUUCUAAGAACAACCCCCACUCCCUUGCCCCCCCCCCCCCCCCAUUCUAUUUUUUAAUAUAUGUUAUAAAGGUAUCGUAGUGUUGUUGCAGAGGAGCAAUGUGUGGUGAAAGAGGUUGGGUUUCGCUAAGGUGUUUGCUGCGUUCUGUCUCUCUCUUAAUAAAAUAUUGUACGCUGUUUUGUUUGUUGUAGACUUCGUCGCUCUAUGGUACAAAGUAUAAUGUGCCGCAUAGGUAUGUUGCGAGAAAGACGCUGGCGUUCUGGGCGCGAACGUCAAUUUCUGCUAAAAAAAAAAGAAGAAAGGAAAUAGCCCAUCAGAGUGCAAAAUGAGACAAAAUUUUGUUGAGCAAAUUCUAAUGAAUACCAAACUCCAGUGACGUACUCGUAUAUAGUCAUCAUCCUAAAAAAAAUCAUUUGUUCCGUGCACCAAAUGCUAAGAUUUUGAUGGGUAGUAAUAAUGAACUCCUGUUUACAUAUUCAAAUUGGUUUCUAUAGUUUCGAACCUUAUUUUUCUGACGAGAUCGAGAUACAUGUUUAGUACACCUGAAUGCCAGUCGACAUCUGCAAAUUGCCUUGACUUCGUGUCCUAAAAACUCUCGGCGUCGCCCCCCCCCCCUUUUUUUUUCUCUCUUUUUGUUACUUCCAAUUUUUGGCCCGACGCCGCUUAUGUACAAAGUUUGUCACUCCGUACUUUCGUCUUGACUCGUGCCUUUUCGCUUCUUGUGCCUUUGCGCGUGUACCAUCAUUUUUGUGUAUGAUCGCAUUCGCGUCUCUGGUUGCCUUGAUAGAUUUGUCAACGUUAACUUGAAGACAGCUUCAGAAGGAUCGCUUCGCUUGUUGUUCGUGCCCGCUCGUAUAGCGAUAUACGAAGCGAGCAAUGCCACAUUAACUUGUUAUCACUGUAUUGUCUUCCGCGGCGGAAAUUUGUCCAUAUCGGCACAAGUGUACAGUGCGUCUACGAAUUCUUUUCUUUUUUGUCUCCUUGUUCACUUGGAACAUUUUCAACAUUGCUGUGAAAGCGUUGUUGCUUGUACUGGAGGUUGUGUUUCGAGUCCAAAUAAAACUCCUUGUUUUUGAAUACA